AUGGAUGGGCUUAGAGUAGGGAGGGGGGGACGAGGGCUUCAGCAGGGGCCUGGUGUGCCAGGAUCUUCCCCAGGGGAGAUGAGCAGCGGUGGUGCUGCCAAUGACGGCACUGGUGCCAGUGCCGCCGGUACCUCUGGUCCUACCAGUAACAGCAGUGGGAACAGCAGUGGUGGCAGCAUCAAUGGCACUGCUAACGCCACAGCCCUCCCCAGCAUCAUCCCUCCAAGCAGUGCCGAUGGUGCUACCUCUGCUUCUACCAGUAACAGCAGUGGGAACAGCAGUGGUGGUAGCAUCAGUGGCACUAGUAACACGACAGCCCCCCCCAGCAUCGUCCCUACAGGGAGUGCCAAUGGAACUGCUGCUGGUAACCCCACUGGACCUGGAGGGGCUGCUGGCAUGGCUCCCACCAGCACCACGCCUCCAAGCAAUAACACUGCUGCUGGUAACCCCACUGGGGCUGGUAACUUCACUGCGGCUGCUGGCAAUGGCACAGAGGGGGAUGCAGUGUGGUACUUCACGGUGGGGCAGGAGACGUUCGUGUGGGGAUCUCCUCUGGUCACCUUCUUCCGCCAGCAGGCCACCCGUGCUGCCCUCAACGCCUUCUCCUUCGCCAACACCACCGCUGUCGUCGGCACCACCACGGUGGCUCUCCCCAAUGUGGACACGGUGUAUGGAGGAGCCUUCCUCUACCUGCGAGACCAGCCAAUGGUGUUCCGAACCCCCAACAUGGGCCAGGGCCGCUACUACAGCAUCGGGUACUUCCAGACCUAUGGCCCGGCAUUCAGUGUGAACGGCAGCCGAGCCAACGGGCCAGGCCCCAACACGUUCACUCUAGUCGGGCCCAACUGGGCUGGGGCGCUGCCGGGUGACCUCGCGCCCACAGUCAUACGGUCACCCACCAACGAUGCACUCCUGCUGAUGCGGGUGGUCGUGUCAGAAAACGUCACCAACGACAUUGCCACAGUGCUGGACCUCUACAGUCAAGUCUCGCUACAGUCACUCUCAGAGGCACUCGGCGGACCUGCAGUUGCGCCCCUCCCCAAUCCGCCCCUCCCCAGCUCCAACCUCUCGGAGGCCCUCCAGCGCAUGACUCUCAUUGGCGAGGGGCUUCAGCGGGACCCGCCCUUGAAUAACAGCGCCAACAACCGUGUCGUGAACAUGCUCGCGUCCAUCAACGUCACCCAGCAGUACGGCUUCGACCCCUACAGCGUCACACAGCAGCAGGCAGCGGCGUUGGAGGCAGCAAUGCAGACAACGGACACACUCAUCACGGCAGCCAAUGUCGUUAUUCAGAUCAACGACUCGCUCAUCCAAAGUGAGAACUUCUGGGCGUCAUCUCGCACGCUCCUGGGCCAUGACUUUGAAACCGAGUUCCUCUACCGAGCCACACUCACAGCGCCAGGCGGCAUCGGCGGGCUGCCGCCCACAGAAGUGGUUUACUUCCUCACCUUCCUCGCAGCGGUCACCCCAUCUGUGGCAGCCCUUCAACCUGCUCCUACAAAUGCAUCCAACACCACCACUCCUCCCACCAUGCCACCUACCUCUUCUGCCAACGCUACAGCCUCUCCUGUCAGUUCCACAGCCGGAAACAGCAGCACAAUGAGCAACAUCCGCGCUGAAAACACCACCACCACAGUCAGCAGCGACACCACAGCUAGCAGCAACACCACUGGAACCCAGCCUUCUCCCCGGCUUCCCAGUCUCCCCUCCCCACCUGCAAACAAUGCAACCUCCUUGCAACCUCAGCCUUCCUCCAUCUUCCCCUCCUCCAUGCCCUCCCCACGUCGCCCCUUCACGCGUCUCCAAGGCUCCCGCUGCUUUCGCCUGCGCCUCACCCCUCCCCCCGUCGACUCCUUCUGGUCUGUCACAGUCUACAACGCUUCCAAUCUCAACCUUCUGGAGGGAGUCAGCAAGUUUGGCGUGGGGGACCGCACACCAGGCCUGCUGUACAACCCAGAUGGAACUCUCACCAUCUACAUUCAACCCACUUCGCCCGGCCAAUCGCUCGAAACCAACUGGAUUCCUACUGUUAACUCG